GGGACAUCUCUUUCGGCACCCUCCCCCUCCCCUCCACCGCCGCCCUCUUGUAUCCUUCGCUCGAACUCCGCGGUUGGCAUCCGCCCGAUGUCUCGCUGGCCAGCCGGCCGUCUCGGGGUGGGGCCCGGCUCUCCGCCGUCCCCAGGCAUCCCCUCGCCAACCGGCCUCCUGGCACCCCUGGCACCGGUAGAUGGCAGCACGCUUUCCCCACGGCCGGGCCCCGAGGCGCCCAUCCGCCCGCCCCCGAGGACCAUCAGCACCCGGCAGAGCUCGUUGACCAUUUCGCACCUCAUGCGCCAGCGAGCCCUCCUGUCCAGCGGGCCACCGAUCAUGGUGCCCCGCUCGGAGCGGAGACGCCCACGCGAGACCCCCCGAUCCGCGGACCACACAGGGACCCGGGGGGCGGAGGCCGUUUGUCCCCCGGCGGGGCCGGCCAUGCAACCUCCGAUCCAUGCUGCCCGGUCCACUCCCACAGGAACACUGCCACGGCCCGGGGCUGGGGCUUGCGCGCAACAUGGCCCGCCCCUCGGUGGUGCCAUCUGCCCUUCGCCGCAGCCGACAGCCGACACCUCGCCGGCCGUCCCAUCGGCCGCCCCUUUGACCGGGGAUCUGGCCACACCCGCCACACUGGCGGCCGGCCGCCCCACCGGGGCGCCCCCUCUGCCGGGCACGCCCACCAGUCAUCCCCCGGUGGAUCUUUGCGCGUGUACCUCCCCGGAACUCCAGUACCCGGCAGUUCCCCUGCACUCGGAUGAUCUCUGGCGACGGGCAGCCGGUCCAAGUGGCCCCGACUCGUCGGCUCCUCUCACGGAACUCCCCCUGCCGGCUGGCGAGUGCGACAUCACUGAGGAGGUCGCCGCGCUGCCGGGCAUCCUCCGUUCCCUGCGAAGCGCGGCCAUACGGUACACCGGCGUCGGGUGCAUCAAUCCCGCGGGUGUCUCCUCCCAGACAACCCUCUCGCAGAGGCACCGGCUGGAAGACCAGCGCCGGCGGUUCCCGGUGGCCUCCUCUCGCGGCCCCGGGGCCGGGGUCGGCGGCGGCGGAGCCACGACUCUUGUGUAUAUUUCCGUCGAGCGCAUCAACGACACCGGAUACACCCUCUCGGGGGCCGUGAUGAACCUCAGUGUCCGACACAUCUCCGGCAUCUUUUCCGUGGUGGCCGCACCCACCGAGCCCGACUCCGCCCUCGAGGAUGCUGCCUGCUUCUGGCUCCUGUCCACCGUCGAACGGAUCCUCCUCUCGCACGAGCUUCGCCUCCUCCCGCGGUACUUUUCCGGCCGCGGCAUCACCAGUACCACUGGUGGCUUGGGCUUUCCUUGGGUGCUCUUCCUUUGGAAUGGCCUGGUCGCCCAGCACUUUGCGGACAUUUGCGCCCGGGCCGAGCGCUUCCUGCGGAGACGGCGGCGCCGCCUGGCGGCGCAGAUCCCGGAGCCCGGCGGGCCCCGGGCCCUGGGCUCAAGCGCGGCUCCCGGCUCCGGGGCCCGGACAACCCCCAUGCCGGCCGGUCCUCCCGCAUGGCUCACCGGCUGGCUGAACUUGCGCAAAGAAGCCAACAUGGUACUCGGCCGGCACCCGGGCCAGCCGAGCCCCGACAAGGGGGCCCGCUGCGGCGGCACCCCCGCCUGUGGCAUCGCCCAGCAUCCCGGCGAAAUGGGGGACAUUGCCCGCGCCAUCUACCGCUUCAGCUUGGACUUUUUGCCCCUCUUGAGGGUGGCUGCCGUGCCGGCGCCCGGGGCUGGGUGCGUCGGUGCGCCGGGCGGCUGCCCCGCCGGCUGCUGGCGCUUCGCUUGCCCCGAGGCCCGCGCUGGCAAUGCCCUGCGCCUGGUGGCAUGCUUGCUGAGCACCGACACCUGGCGCAUCCCCCACCCGAAGGACUACCCCUUCCGCGGGGGGAUCCUGGCGCCGGCCGGGUGUGGGACCUCCGGCGGGCCAGCCGGCGCCGCAGGCGGCCCCGGGCAGGCCCGCAAGCGCCCAGCUCCGGGGCCUUUGUCCGGCUCCGGGCCCGGCGGCGGCACCAUUUUGGAAUCUUUCUAUCGCGCAGCCCGUAUGGACCCCGGGCCGAGGGUAGUCCCCCGGACCGCGGGGCCGGCCAUUCGUCCAGCGGCGGAAUCCGUCAUGGCGCCGGGCCAACGCGCUCCCCUGCGGGUGGUCGCGGCAAAUCACCAUCCCACGUCCGGGCCUGGGGAUUCGAAGAAAGCCCCUGCUGCUGCUGCUGCUGCUGCCGCUGUUGCUGCUGCUGCUGCUCAGCAGGCAACGCUAAAGAGCUUCUUCGGAGGCCCGCGCCCCUGCCCGGAGGCCGCUCCGGAAUAG